UGGAGUUAUUUGAAGUUGCCAAGAAAGCUGCGGGAGCAACAGAAUUGGAGGAGAAAGGAGGAGCCGAGGAAAGUAGAUGCCUCGAUGCGUUGGCUCAGCUCAAGGCCUUCCCUGUCACCGCCCAACUUCUUGUCUCCACUCAGGUAUACCCCCACCCUUCCCGAUUUAAAACAUGGGAUAUGCUCUUAGCCUCCUUACAUUAUUUUUCAGAUGAAUAUUCUUUUGUGCCAUUCCUCCUUUUUAGCCAAACUCUUGCUUUUCUGUUACCACCAUUAUAAGGAGCAAACCAAAAUUGUCCUAGUCUUUAGAUUACCAAAUUGAUGAAACCUGAUUUUUCAGGUUGGAAAGCUUCUUCGACCUUUAACAAAACAUUCUAGGAAGAACAUCCAGGAUCUUGCUUCUGAUGUGUUUGCACUCUGGAAAAAGAAGUUUCUGGAGCAAACAAGUAGCACCAAGAAAAAUGGAAUGUUGGAGGAUAAAACUUCCGUUAAGUCUACUGAGAAUAUAAAGAUUGAGAAAACUAGAACUAUCAAGGUUGAGGCGAAAACUGAACACAAGGGUGAACCGAGAUCAGCCAAAGUUGUGGAGUCUGAAUGCCUUCUUCGGUCACCAAGAAUGAAAUCCAUUCCUAAAUGCAAUGAUCCCUCACGAGAUACUAUACGCGAACAACUUUAUGAGGCAUUAUGCAAGGUUUCGAGCGAAGCGAACGAAGAGAUUCAGAAAGAGGUGAAUGCAUGUGAUGCAAUUGGAGUGGCUGUUGCUGUGGAGUCGGCAUUGUUUAGCAACUGGGGGCCUUCUAAUGGUUCUGACAGGAUCAAGUACAGGUCAUUGAUAUUUAACAUCAGGGAUGCAAAAAAUCCUGAUUUCCGGAGAAAAGUUCUUCUAGGUCAAGUGAAGCCAGAGAGAAUUGCAGAGUUGAGUUCAGAAGAAAUGGCAAGUGAUGAGAGGCGAAAGAAGAACAAGGAGAUUAAGGAGAAAGCGUUAUUGGUGUGCCAGCUUGCAGGCGCCCCAAAAGCCACAACUGAUCAGUUCAAGUGUGGUCGUUGUGGGCAAAGGAAGACAAGCUACUAUCAAAUGCAGACUAGGAGUGCCGAUGAGCCAAUGACAACAUAUGUAACUUGCGUAAACUGUAGUAACCGUUGGAAGAUGCAUUAACCCACUUUAUCUCAGCUUCAGCUUCAGUGUUUUCCAGCACUAGUGCAGUUUUUGAUCUUCCCAAUUUCAUUUUGACUAGUUUAGGUGGUGGUAGUGUAGGACUUGGAUACUGAUUUCUCAUUAUUAGGCAGUCACUUUGUAAUUAUUUAUUUGGUUCUCUUUUCUUGUGCAAAUAAAAUGGAUGGAUUGUUUAUUACAAGA